GCCUUGUGCGACGCGUGCUGGACCGCGUCAGGGACGCUCUGCAUCAUCUGCGGCAAGACGCCCGCGAGGACCGAUCGGAUAUACAUGCACUGUUGCAAGACGUGCUUCGCAGGACAGUCCCCCGCCAUGCUCGCAAAGCUGGUGCAAGUCGAAAGUGAAUCGUACGUGGAAUCGUUGCCGCCCGCCCAAUCGUGGACCGGCAAAGAACCAGCUUUUCAAUUGUUUCUGCACAAGACCCACUCGCAGGAGGCGUUACCAGCAUACUCGGCCACACCCGAUUACGUACACCCCGAUCACUGCCGCCUGUGUCUCGCCCACGUACGGCCCGAGGACAUUCCCGCGCACCUCAUGGAGAUGCACCGCGACGUGCUCGACGCCGAGUGUGAGGUACUGGACUCCUACAGGAACGUGGUACUUCAACGAUCCCUCACAGAGUGGCCAACGCCCAUCAGUCCUCAAAUUGUGCGGGCACGUCUGGCUGCGUUCAAGGCGGAGCUCACCGAUGCCAAUUUUGCCAUGGCACCUUGCGCAGUCUGCGCACGGGACAAGCGCCGAUGCAAGCUCCAGACGACGUACCUACCGGACCCCUCCGACGACGCGUGCCCCGACUGGCUGCAAUGGCCCGCCGACGUCUGGACUGCGCACAAGGACGCUUGGCACACGCAGCUGGACAACGUCUUCAACGUCGACCGGUACAUGGAACUGAUCUUCUGCAAGAGUGAGCGGCUGCGAGAAGCAGAGCUCAACGUCGCAGCUCUGCUGAAGGGAGAGGAAAGUUCCCUGGGCUUCACUACGCCCGAGGCUGCUCGAAGCUGGCAAGAGAGGGUUCAGCGCUGGGCGGCGGUCGUGCGCACCGACCUUGCGGCGGACUCCACUGCUGCGCCCGGCCACCCCGACAGGCUUUGGCUGCUGUACCGCCCGGGCAUUUCGAGGUCCAGCGCAGACUGCCAGGGCGCCGCCUCCGGCAUCACGGCGAACAUGUGCAAGCAUUGCGCGUCCGCUCUGCGGGAACUUACCGGCCCCCGUGAGGAUCGCCGCCCUCGAGUUCGAGUGCCGCCAGCUGCUCUGGCGAACGGAAUGUGGAGAGGCGCCGACCCCCGUGAGUUCGUGGACCUCACGUACGCUGAGUGCAAGGUCAUCAACCUCGCCAAAGUGUAUGUCAGCAUCAAACGCGUGUUCCUGAGCAAGGCGUCCUACGCUCCUACGGCCACUUCGGAGGCCCCCACGCACCACCAGAAGAACGUGGUGGCUUACCCGCAGAGCCCCGAGACCGCACUGACUGCCAUAGGCAUGCUACCUGCGGCCCUUGCACAGACCAUGGUGAUCCAGUUCGUGGGCGGGACGUUUGACGAUCUACACCGACACCCCGACCUCCAGGUCUCCGUGUUCCGCUUGCGCGCGGCGUUCCGGUGGCUCUCCCUCAACAAUUGGAUGUUCAUGUUCGCCACCAGGCAUCACGAGAUCUGGCGCUCGGGCACAUUGCACGCCGCCCUGGAGGCCCUGCUCAGUGCCUACGCCAGCAGCAUUGGAAGCUCCUCCGGCGUUCCGCGGGAGGUACUCUCCGCAGCAACUGCGGCUUCUGCAGCAAAGGCUUCGGUGGCGUCGGAGGGCCCAGCUGACUGCACCGACAGUGGCGCCCGCGAACCAGACCCGACUGGAACCGCUGAAGAUGGUAACGCUGCCGUAGUGAACGGAGGCAUGGACGACGUACCAGCACUCCGCUUGUGGACACGGGUCGUGGAGAAUUUCGACAUCGCAUCGCGUCUCCAGGAUGAGAUCCAUAAGUUGUCGGAGGACCACGACUCGUCCGCUCGCGCGCAGAAGAAGAUGCGGCACAAUGAGGCACUCGCCAAAGCAGUCGAGGCAAUGCAACGGAUGUCCCACGACUCUGUCCGGAAGGAGUUGGACAAGUGGGCGGCGCAAGAGAAGGACGACGCGGCUGCGGUGCAGAUCACCCACGGAGACCAGUUCCUGUCCUCGCGGGCCGAGAACUUCUGGGCGGCAUGCUUCGUCCGCCUCUUCCCCCGCGGGGAUUACCAGGAAACGUGCUCCCAGCGCCCCGCUCGCCUGCCCGCAGCGACGUGGGCGAAGACGUUGCUCACUCGAGCCGACACUGUUUGCUGGCGCCGCGACGUGGAGUUCGUGGCCACGCUGUUCAACACUUUCCUGCGGCGCGACCAGAUGGCCAGCGUCGAGGCCCACGUGAAGUCCACGGCCAGCGACGGCAUCACUGGCAUGACAUCGGCGCAAACCACUGCGCUCGCGCAACUCACUGCUGAAGGCCUCGUCUCUUCCGCUGCGGCCGCUGGGGACGCGGCCAAUCUCCGGGAUCUGCUUCGACAGCAAGGGCUCGAUCCCGUCGUGCGCAACGCCGCUCACCGGAUGCACCUCGUGCUCCGACGUGUCCGCGGAUCCGCCGAGGAACGAGAAGGAUUCAUCUGGCGAUUCCGGGCUCUGCGAAUAUGGUCUGGAUGCGCAUCGCUCUUCUUCACCCUGAACCCGCACGACAUUCGGAGCCCCCUCACUGUGCUGUUGGCCCAGGACGACGCGACCUUGUCCCGCAAGUUCUCCCUGGACAUGACCGACGACGAAGCAACCCAGUGGAUGGCCGACUUCAACCGGGAGGACCCGCGGCGCCUUCACCGAGCUGUGGCCAAGGACCCGCCCAUUGCCACGCGCGUCUUCCACUGGACCGUGCGGCUCGUCAUGCGCGCAUUGUUCAAUUGCGCGGAUGCGCCCGACCAGCUCAACUGCGACGGGAUCGCCGCGAAGAAUUUGCCCGGCAUCGUCGGGCACGUUCGGGCGCACCUAGGCGUUGUGGAAGAACAGAUGCGCAAAGCGCUGCACAUCCACAUGCUCAUUCAGCUCGUGGGAUUCUCUCACCCUGACGACCUCUUCCAGGGCGACCACCUGCAGAACGCGUUCCGACUUGCCUGGCACUACGUCGCAUCUAUCACGUUCCGCAGCACGGAAGCAUUCGCUCACUACGCGAAGGACCCUCUCGGACAAGCCGCCCUUCAACAGUUGCCGUUGCUGCCGUUGACGAAAUCGCAGCGGGAGAAGAUCGGGGGCGUUCGCACGGCCGCCAGCAACGCCGCCCAGUGGCAGGGGCGGGGCCUGCAAGGACCCGCUGCGUGCGCCGGCGACGUCGCCGAGUUCCCGUUCUUCCCGACGUCCUUCUCCUCCGACCGCAACGUCGACAGCGGGAAGUGGGCUGUGAAGGCCGUGCAGGAAAUCUUCUCGCGGACCAGGAAAACUGGCAAUCACGUAUGUCGGCCGGCAGUUUGUUACAAAGGGCGACUCGGCAAGAAAGGAUUCUGCCGCAUGCACUAUUGGCAUUGGGCUUGCCAGACCGACGCGAAGACGGGGAAAGAUAUUGCCAAACGUCAGCAUGGCUUGGAACUACACGCUCGAUGGGACGGCACUGGCGAGCUGCCGAUCCUGCGUUACCCGCCACACGUGGGGCUCCCAGCGCUGGAAACAACGCAUCCGUUCCACUUCCGGCUGAACCCCGCCAUCAUGCUGGGCCCGCAGUGCAACCAUGACUUGGCGGUCCUGCUGCGGUUCUGCGAGCUCCCCGCGAACGAUGCCGACCUCCCGAAUGAGAGCCGCGUUGCCCAAGUGAAAGCAGCGAUGGCCGAAGCUAUGGGGGACCACGAAUAUUCCGCCUCGGCGUACUCAGCGAAGUCGCAGCCGCACGCAGACGGCCUGAAAAUGACAUUGGCCGCAUCGCUCGAGAGGAAAGAACGCGCGGCACAGCUGGCAGCCGCGACGGACAUGGUCGAUGACCAGGAGAAGGCACGCAAAUUGUUGCACACGCAGGUGGCCGCGACUAACAACCGGAUGCACAAGGGGUUCCCCGAGAUGAUCAGUUACCUGUUAGGCAAGCCCAUCGCGUACAGCAGCCACACGUUUGUCCCUGUCUUCUUCGGGAAGCUCCUCGCGAUCAUUCGUGCCACCAUGUCCCAGACAGCUCGCGGUGAACCUGUCCAGACAGACCACAGCCAACCGCGACCAUAUACUACGAAGUUGACACCAGCCAAACUCCACAUCGGCGAGUUGGACUACGUGCGCAGGCCGCAAGAACUGGAACAAUUUCCCUUCUACUUCUUCUUCGCGAGCUGCGACGCCAAGUUGCCCGUUGGCAAGAACCCCCCGCCGGAAUCUCUUCGGUGGGUCAGGGACGGUAGCCGCCGGCAGUGCACGGCCGCGCCAGUGACCAGCGCUACUUACGACGGAGUGCCGCUCCGAGGGGCUUCGACGGACGCAGAGCCCAAUGGGGAAGUACUUUACAGGUACGCGUACUACAUCUCAUUGCGUUUGACAAAGCCGUGGAAGGUGCCCAUCCUCUACGGCAAAUUGCCUGGCCGGCCUGCCAGCGACGACCACCUGGACGAGUGGUUCCUCUAUGCGUUGAAUGUAAUGGUUCUGUUCAGGUCCUUCCGGGCCCUGUCAGAUUUCGUCACCCGCAUCACGUCGACACCGUGGCCGCAUGGAGAGAAAGCAUGUCAGGCAGCCGUCGUGCACGACUUCCGCGCAUGGGAAAUGUCGACCCGAGAGGUGGCUCGAAAGUGCACCGCGGAGACGCCCCCUCUAACCCCAGAGUGGUGGGCGCACAGAAUACUGGAGAGCAUUCGCAACUACGACUUCGCAUCCUCCAGGAGGCAAGCCAUCAGUGAAGCCGUGCCGUCAAGCGUGCAGAUGCCAUUUCUCCCACCGUGGAACGCCGCCCGUGACGAAGCAGCCCAGGCCGCCGCGAACGACCCGGACACUCUGCUGGAGUCCGACGACGACGGCGACGACGAUGCAAACCCGCCCGACAUUCCCUUGGACGACGACAACACGGGCAACGACGCGCCAGCCCGACGACACCGAGCACCCGACCCGGCCAGCCUCCUCUGCGGCAUUUUCCCCGCGGGCGUGGAAAUGGACGACGUGAUUGCUCCAGCGGCAUGGCUGAGAAGCACCGCCGCAGAAGCGAAGUACAUUGUCGAGUUCAUGCGAGAGAACUCCGCCCGGCUCCGAGCGCCGGACGUGGCCUCUCGUGCACCAGUAUUCGAGGAUGCCGUGCGAUUGCGCCCGGCCGCAUCUCUGGCGGCUGCGGACCGGCAAGCGGAUUUCUUCAAGAUGAUUGACGCAUGGAAGGCCGAGACGAGUACGAAGCCGCAGAAGUCCACUCAGGAGACGCAGGAUGCCCUGCAGCAUCGACUCCAGACGGUCAUGGCAGACGGCCGCAGCUCGGCGUUCCCGCUUGUACCUCCGCGUACGCGGACUGCAGUGCUCGACGCUUGCUUCCACCUCUUGCGGGCGGGCGUACUGAACGUGGUCGACAUGCCCGAGAUCAACGUCAAACAGGCGCGCGCGCUGCUUUGGAACGCUGCAUGGCUACAAGACGUCAUGAACCGCGCGCGGGGGUUCGACGAGCCCUCUGGGCCGACUGUCACAGGGCGACCGUCUUUGGCAGACGGGUUUCAAAUCGCACUCAUGGGCCCCGGAGGCACUGGGAAGACGGCGGUUCUGAGAGUCGUCGAGGCAAUCAUCUGCUACUUCAACGGCCCAGACACGGUGCAGAAAUGUGCGCCGUCGAACUCGGCGGCAAGGCUUCUGAGAGGGGACACGCUGCACGCACUGUGCAAGCUACCGUUUGGCAACGUGACCGUGUCCAGUAAGAAAGGUCGCCUCACCCGCACUGUCUUGGAGAGCCACCGGAGCCGCUGGGAAGGCGCCCUCGCGUGCUUCAUUGACGAGGUGUCCAUGGUCGCAGCAGCCCAGCUCUUCCAGGCGGAGGUUCGAUUGAAGGCGGCCAAGAACUCCACCCAGGCUUGGGGUGGCUUGGGCAUGACGUUGUCCGGGGACUUCAUGCAGCUCCCACCAGUCGACCCCACGGGCGACAACAGGAGCCUCGCCACGGACCUGGACGAGGUCGACGUCCUGAAUGAGAAGGGCGAGUACGACCAGGAACAUAACGCGGACAAGAAGAGGUCGAAGCACGUGGAGACGGUGCAAGGACUGCAGCUGUGGCGCCGCGUCCGGAAAGUGGUGACGCUGGAAGUGAACGUCCGCGCCCCUGGCACACUCAGCCAGCUGCUGGCGGAGAUGCGUGCAGGCAACAUAUCGGACGCGAUGUGGUCCUUGUACACCAGUCGCAUCUUAUCUUCAGAUGACGCCCGCCCGCGCGAUCCCGCGUCGCCCUUCUCCACGAACCCCUGGACAUACAUCGUCCACAGGCACAAGAUUCGCGUCUACCGAUCCAUGCAGAACGCUAAGCAGCAAGCACUGCGGACGGGCCACCGCCUCAUUCCCUUUUUUUCCUUCUACUCUAACACCCUAUAG